AUGAAGGAGGAGCAGGUGCAAACGCAAAAGGAGCGGAAGGAAGCCAACAAAAAGAAGAAGAAAGAGUUGGAGAAGUUGGAGAAGCAGGAGAGGAUAAACAGGGAGGCGGAGGCGAGGGAGAUGCUGAAGAAACAAGGUAUGUUUUCUCUGGUUCGAAAUACCAUGAUUGAAUCUCCCAAACACAUGCUACGGGACCUGAUCAAGACAAAGGACUGGUCGGCAGAGGAAGAAGAAGAGGAAGAGGAAGAGGAGGAGGACAGCGAGAAGGAAGAAGAUCAGCCCAGAGAUUCCUAUCACCCUUGGGGCUAUACAAUCUACCGUACAUGCUACACGCCUGAGUCGCAGUCGCGAUGGGAAUCUUUAAUCGAAGCGAUCCUACUUGGAGUCGAAGGAACCAUCCCGGGAUUGCGCAAGGAUGAAACACCGCCUAGAUCUCAACUGUUACUCUCUCUUUCGCCUAGAUCUUCGCUCCGACGCCUCCUUGUAUGA